GCUGUGUUAUCAAAAUAAUUUGGGGCAGCACGCGCUGUCGCCUUUCCUCGCAAACACGAAAAAAAGCUGUUGCUCGCUUUAUAGACGCUGCUUUUCCCGUGUGUGGUUUUUCGAUUCUCGUGUGUCAGCGAAGGCACGUUCCCUUACAAUUCUCCUUUGUUUCUCUCGAAACAGCGUUAUACCCUCUGGAACACAAAAACAACAGCACAGGACCAAUAAUAGCACGGGUCUUCUCUGAGGUCAUUUACCUUUACGUACGCCGCCUUCUUUUGUUGUUUUUGCAGUGCCUCCGUUUCUUCUACGUUCUUAUUCGCCUGAAUAAUUAUAAGAGAAUACGUCACCUUAUACGUACGUAUAUAUAUAUACACACGCACACACAUACGGCACCAUGUUCAUCAUUCCGGUUGAGAAGAAGGGCAAGUACUCGCACACCCUGUCCCUGCGCUUCCUCUGCUACGACCCCGCGACCCGCAUGGCCUACCUGAGCGACAAGGAUGCCAAGAUCCGGCAGUGGAAGCACCGCAUGAAGGUGUAUGCGAUCAUGCCGGCGUGCGUGCAGGGCAGCGAGCCGAUCAACUUCCGUCUGUGGAACUACGAAGCGAAGGAGCUGCUCAGUUUCACCAUCGCCGGCGUCAGCCACCAUCGCCUGGACAGCCGCAACGCGGCAGAUCAGAUGGAGCUGCAGCGCCUCCCGCACCUGCUCAAUGAGAGCUAUCAGGACAGUGACCCGAGCAUCCGCACCUACACGGACAGCGCCGAGAUGCAGAGGCCGUCGCAGCAGCCCGUCAGCCCGUCCGACGACGCGAACUUCUUCGGGCGAGACCGGGAUGACUGGUCGCUGCGCUGCCCCUACUACAACGCGGCGCACGACAUGAUCCUGUUGAUACGCGACACGCUCAUCGCCGACGGCCUGCGCUUCCCGGUCUACGGCGGCCUCCUUGGCGGGGUCGACCCUCGGAACGAGCUCCCCCUCGUCAGCUUCCCCCUCUACCUGCAGCAGCACUUCCACCAGCUAGCGGGUGCCAUUGUGUACAGCUGCGUGCACGGCAGGAUGAUCGGCUGCGACCCCCACGGCCGCCUCGGGGUGUGCAUGCGCCACGUGUACCUCUGCGUCACGGACCAGGAUGUGCUGUUCGUGGCGGAGAGCGGCAGCGUGGCGCGCUCGGUUCCGCUGUCGCUACUGCGCAGGGUGGAGUACAACGGCCCGGUCACCGCCGGGUCCAACUCGGCCUCGGCCUCCGCCUCCUCGGCUUCUGCUGCCUCCGCGCCGUACAUCGCGUUUCUCGCUGAUGGCGAGACAGCGGAUGUGCUCUUCUCGCCUUGCAGUGCGUUCCCCGCCGUGAGCGACGACUGCUCACCCUCGAUGGUGGCGGCGAUGCCCCGCAUGAACGUCGAGAAGGAGGUGGAGGCGAUUCUGUCCAUUCUCACCACGCUGCUCACCAAGCACGGCGUAGACGCCGCGGAAGAAGCCAGUCCGUCGCCGAAGCCCACGAAGGAAAACAAGGAGGAGUUUGACGCGGAUGUGCAGCUCGGCGACAGCGCGGACUCGAUCGACCUCGACACGCCAGGGAUGCCGGCGCCCUCCGUUUUGGCGGUCCCGCCACAACCAGCAGCAGCAGCAGAGGCACCGGAGCCACCGGCGGAUCCCGCGCCGCUGCCCGCCGGCUUCCGUCUGGAGGCGUUGGACCGGCGCGAAACGGUGCAGGACUACGCCGAGUCUUUCCAGCAGCGACACGGCCGCAUCUUCAAGUGGCAGACGUUGCCGGGCGCCCGACACAUUGCACCGACGGUGCAGUCGGCUGCAUCACUGGCGCAGUCGCUCGGCAUGCAUCCGCCGCAGCGGCAGGCCAUCACGCGCCGGUCGGAGUUCUUGCCCUUCUACUACGGCUCGGCGGCGGCGGCGCGGGCGGCGGAGGAGCAGGCAGCCGCGAUGCGCGAGGAGAGGCGGGAGCGGGCGUCCAACGCGAACAGCCGCACCGGCAACGGUCGCGGCGGCGAUGAUCUGUAUGGAGAGGAAGUGUUCGCGACGACGGUGCCGGUGCGACGGGUGUCGAGGAUUAUCGACAUGUUCAAGCCCGAGCAGGAUAUCUACUAA